AUCCAGACAAGCAGGAGGGAUCAUCAGAGUUUGAGAACACAUUCCAGCCAGGCAAAAAGACUCAAGAGGAUGGGUGCAAAGUACAGCCUGUAAUAGCUGUGUCCUGGGGAGGGUCUGGAGGGCCAGUAGAGAAGGCUAGAGGGCCGCAUUUUGCCCCCAGGCUUGAGGCUCCCCAUCACUGUCCUGUAAUGUGAAUCUACCACAAGCUUACCUUUACAGUGAUGCAGUGCAAUAUGGGUGCCGGUGAGAGCCAUAUUUUAUGGGACGUUCUGAGGAAAAUACUUCUCCACACAAUGCCUAGUUAUUUUUUGCAAUUCACUGUCACAAAAUUGCAGUGAUGGCAGGGAUUAAGGCAAAUCCAUGAAGAAGAGUCCCCUCAAUGGCUUGGUUAUGAUUAGCAAAAUGUUCAGAGCCUCAGUAUAGCUCCUGAAUACCAGAUUGAGGGCACAGCAGGGUUACUGCUUUCAUGUCCUUUUUUUGAUGUUCUGGAAGCCGCUGACUAGCCUUUGCAUGAAGCAGGGUGCUGACUAGAUGGACCUUUAUGUCUGAAGUAGAAGGGCUGUUUUUAAUGCUGGGUGUCUGAGAUAAUUGAGUCACGAAACCCACAUUAAGGAUUUUUGAGAGUCUUGAUAUUAAUGAAGACAGGUGAAUAAUAGGCUUAUAUCAUCUUCCACUGAAAAGGAUGGAACCAGUGCUAUUUUUCUAGCAAAAGAGGUGCUGGAGCUCACCAUGAGCUUCUCCCUUGUUCUCUUAGAAUGGCAAUGGCACCUAUCUGAGAGGUGUCGGAGCUGAGCUCAAAAAAAAGCCCUGGAUGGAACUUAACUUUGAUUUGCUGUCAUUAAUGACCUCUUCAAAGUUACAUUGCCUGAGUCAAUGGGUUCAAAAUGAAAAGAGGGGAUUUUAAUUGAAUACCUUUGUCAGCCUGAGCUGUUUAACAGUGAAACAGUCUGCCUCAGUAGCUGGUGAACUCUCCUUCAUUGGAGGUGUUUAGAGGUUGGUUAGAUAUCUGUCAGGGCUGCCACUGUAGUUUAUUUCCUGCAGUGGGGUGAACUGUGUGACCUUUACGGUCCUGACCAACUCCCAUGGCCCCAUCUGCAACUAAAGCAGCAUUAUACCACUUUAAACAGUCAUGGCUCCCCGCAAAGCAUUGUGGGAACUGUAGUUUGUUAAGGGUGCUGAGAGUUGUUAGGCGAGCUCCAUUUCCGUCACAGAGCUACAAUUCCCACAGUUCCCUGGGAACUAAAAACCACUCCUGGCAACUCUCAGCAUCCUUAACAAACUACAGAUUCCAGGAUACUUUGUGGGAUGAAUCCUGAUACUGUAUUAAAUGUACAGUACAGAUUGGGGGGCAGCGGCAGGGCUAUGAUUCUACUUAAAAGGCUCACUGCUUUAUGAACAUCAUGUGAACAAGGGGGUGAAGACAUCAUCCCUCGGCCAAAAAUCAAGAUGAAAUACAAAUCAGUAAAUACUUCAGGACAAAUGAGACAAGGAAAGAAUAGGAACAAAUGUAUUGGGAAGAGAGAAGGUGAUUUUCCUGAUUCCUUUGAAACAGAAAAGCUGCUUAGACAAUCUAAUGGAUGAGGAUGAAAAAGACAGGGCAAAGAGGGCUUCACGUAACAAGUCAGAGAAGAAGAGGCGUGACCAGUUCAAUAUCCUUAUCAAGGAGCUCAGCUCAAUGCUUCCAGGAAACACCCGCAAAAUGGACAAAACUACAGUACUUGAAAAAGUCAUUGGCUUUCUUCAGAAACACAAUGAAUUCUCGACACAAACAGAGAUUUGUAACACUCAGCAGGAAUGGAAGCCUUCCUUUCUCAGCAACGAAGAAUUCACCCAGCUGAUGUUAGAGGCAUUAGAUGGAUUUGUAAUAGCUGUUACAACAGAUGGAAGCAUUGUGUAUGUUUCUGACAACAUCACACCUCUUCUUGGACAUUUACCCUCUGACGUGAUGGAUCAGAACCUGUUGAAUUUCCUCCCAGAGCAAGAACAUUCAGACAUUUAUAAAAUAUUAUCAUCUCACAUGCUACUGAUGGAUACUGUCUCAUCAGAGUACUUAAAAUCUGACGAAGAUUUGGAAUUUUGCUGUCAUCUUUUGAGGGGAAGUCUGAACCCAAAGGAAUUUCCAACAUACGAAUAUAUAAAAUUUGUAGGGAACUUUCUGUCUUACAGUCAUGUGCCUAUAUCUACUUGUAAUGGCUUUGAUGGUGCUGUUCCAAGAGGUUACAGAACACCACUAGGAAAACAAGUCUGCUUUGUCGCUACUGUUCGACUGGCAACACCUCAGUUUCUAAAGGAAAUGUGCAUCGCUGAAGAACCUUUAGAGGAAUUCACUUCAAGACACAGUUUGGAAUGGAAAUUUUUGUUUCUGGAUCACAGAGCACCACCGAUUAUAGGAUAUUUGCCUUUUGAAGUGCUGGGAACUUCUGGAUAUGAUUACUAUCAUAUAGAUGACCUUCAGCUCUUGGCACGCUGCCACGAACACUUGAUGCAGUUUGGCAAAGGGAAGUCUUGCUGCUACCGGUUUCUGACCAAAGGACAGCAGUGGAUCUGGCUGCAAACGCACUAUUAUAUCACCUAUCACCAGUGGAACUCCAAACCAGAAUUCAUCGUAUGCACCCACACGGUAGUAAGUUAUGCAGAUGUUCGAGUGGAAAGGCGACGGAAUAUGAUUUUGGAAAAUGCACCUUCAGAGAUAAUCUCUUCAGUACUAAAGGACAGUGGAUCAGAACUGGAUCCUCAACAGCACUUUAACGCUCUUGAAUUAGGCACGUCAAUCCUCGACACCAGUCGGACUCUUUCUGUAUCCUCUCAGGGCUCACACAAGUCUUUGCCUACAUCCUUGCCUGACACAGCAUCCACAAGAGCAAAGCUCAUCCCAGAGUCUCCCUCCCUGCAAAGAAGUCCCACUAUGCAGGAGGACGUGCAGAGAUCUAGCCAACCUGCCGCUUCUCAGCUCUCAUCCCAGUUUAACAUGUUCCAAACUAUCAAAGACCAGCUUGAGCAGAGGACUCGAAUACUGCAAGCCAAUAUUCAGUGGCAGCAGGAAGAGCUGCAGAAAAUCCAGGAACAGCUGUGCAUCGUGCAGGAUUCCAACAUACAGAUGUUUUUACAGCAGCCAACAGCACCUCUGAAUUUCAGUGGCAUGCCGCAGCCAGAACCUCAGGGGAAGCCAGCGGUUGAGUCUCAGCAACAAGUUGUGCCGAGGCCUUCGAGGCCUUGUCUCCAAGAGCAGAUUGCGGCUCCUCAAGCAACAGACCAUCAAAUGUUAGGAGAAGAAAAUGUGUUAUCAAACCAGGAUCAGAAAUCAGCAAGAGCCUCACAAGGAAUGCAGGAUAGCUGUCAAUCUCCCAGAAGCUUAACCUCACAGUUUAGCAAUGCCUUUGUGCUCCCACAGUCUUUGAGCAGAGCUCCACCUGAUGCCAUUCUACAGGAUAACAGCCACCAGCAGAGCACUCCAGAUUUCAGUAAUGAUCGACAACUGAGACUGUUACUCAGUCAGCCUAUUCAGCCAAUGAUGCCUGGUUCCUGCCAUGCGAGGCAGACAACAGAUGUUGAUGUGACUGGACACGAAGCUAAAUACUUUCAAAGCCUACAAGCGUUCCAAAGUUUGGAAGAGCAAACCUCUGGAAGCAGUACAGCUAUAGUGCUGAUGGGACAAGCAGUGUUGCCCCCUGGGUUCUCUGCAGCACAGCCAUCUCAGCCUUCAACUUUGCAACCUAUGCAUCAGCACCAGCACCAGCAGCAAGGCUACCUUCAGGUAGAGUCUGCAGGCCCUUUGCACAGUGAGCAGGCAGAUUCUUUGCUCUUGCCUUCCUACCCUCGACAGGAAGAAAGCGUAGAGUACCAUCAUAUGCAGUCACAGCAACAGCAGCAAGAACCUGCUGCCGGGAGGACUGUCGGUUUGCCUGAAUCCUCAAACAUGCAACAACAUCUGCAGUAGAAUCUGCUGUAACAAUCAGUACACAUUUAGCUUUAUUGAAUGGUGGGUGGCUGGGCAGGAGGGAAGCCAGCAUUUGCAUAUGUGUUCAUUUCAGAGUUUUGUGAUGUAAAGAGAUUGCCAAGCACAGACCUUGGUGGAUAGUGCAAUAGGAAAGGAACGGGAAUUAUUUUGCAGAUGUUUGCACUAUUUUGUGACUACAUUAUGUAUAUUAAUACUAAUACAUACCAUCAUGUGCAAACUGGUAUGUGUUGGUAGACGAUUCUUCUGACUAUUUUGACCAGAAAGUAUUCUGGCUAUUCCCCAAAAAAAAGUGGAUACGAGUUACUUGGCCUUCACUAUUUUGAUCUUUUGAAUAUGAAAAGCACUGGUUCAGAGAAAAUCUAUUGAGAGAAUGAGAGAUUAUUUUUAUUAAUAUUAUUAUUAUUUUGCACAACUGCACAAAAGGCAUAACCUAGCACUUUCGGUGAAUAAAAGUUUGUUCUGGUGGCCAGAUAAGCACUUCCAGUGAGAGAGAGAACAUGUCCUUUAUUUAAAUAAAAUGCACCCUGCAGUUUAUAGACCUUGGACUCAUAACCUGAAAGUAUUAAACUUGUUACCUCUCCCUCUUGCUAUUUCUAAUGUUUCAAAGAAAUUACACUGGACAUUUUCCUAUUUACUUAGUGAACUACAAUUGUAAACAGUGAACUGAAGCACAAUCAUGCAGCUAUUAUUCCAAUGUACUAGUCAUGCUCUUUAAACACUUUGAAGAGAAUCUUUUCUACUAAAUGAACAGCCCCCUCACAACUGUUCAUAGAACAAACACCUGAAGAAUAUGCACUGUGUUACAGCCCAUUAAGUGGGAAAAUGCUGCAACUAUAUUACAUAUCUUUCAUUACUACGUUUAGGUUUGACUUUUCCUCCAAAGCGUUGCACUUUUUGUAUGCUUUAUGUUGAUGUUUCUAAAAAAAAGAUUUUAUGUAAUUAUUCAAUAAGUAGCGUAUAAAGAAGUUGUUGUAAACAAAACAAAACCCUAACCUUGACCUAUUUCUAUAUAAAAUAAAAUUAUAUGGGAUUAUGUGAACAUUA